AAGACACAAACCUUUUUCUCUACGUUGUUUUUAAUUGUUUCAAUCCUACAGAGGAUUGCUGCGACCAAUAGGAUCGUGACUUGUGGAUUUAUUAAUGGACAAACUGACGAGUUUCAUGUAUUAAACUCAGUCUUCAGUUAUUUCUCCGGCUUCAAAAAUGUUUCAGUGGUUUUGAAAGAAUUCAAUAUUUCAGAAGCUGCAGAACUAUUUGGUGAAGGUAGGGUGACUCCAUAUUUUAUCAUGUCCGGAUUUUUAUGUUGUUGAGAAGUUUUGCAGCCAAUUUAUUCAAGCUUCUUUUUCUACCACGAUUAUUUCAGCAUCAAAGGUCAUCACACUUAUCGAGGGUGGUGUAGCAACCACUUCCGCUUGUGCACUCUCUACAAUGACUGGCAUUCCUGUCAUCCGUCUCUAUGGUAAUAUUUCACCCCUGGACCAAUGUGAAAAAGAAAUCCGCAUGUCAGCAGGAUACAGAGAUUAUGCCCAAGCCACACUUGACAUACUGAAAAAGUACGGGUGGAAAAACAUUGUUCUUGUUUAUGAAGAGCGUCGAGUGCACGAGGCUGGACAUUUUCUAACUAAAUCACGGAAAUUACCGCUGAUCGUUAAUCUAGUUCAGCUUUCUGGGCGCGACAAAAACGAAAAACCGACUGAACCAGCCCACAGAGUAAUAGAACAAGUACGGAAGUUUGAUGCCCAAGUUAUUGUACUCUACUUGGAAAACAAAAACAUCGAGCUAUUACUGCAACAGGUAAGAAUUAGGUCUUUGUUGUCUUUUAAGUCUACAUUGCUUCACCAACGCAAAUUCCAUAAUAGCUCAUUUGAAUCUGUGUCUUAUCCUGUGACAGAGGCCUUGUCAGCACGAAAAGACAUAUGUAUGGAUCAUUCAAGGACAGGUUUGACUUUGGAACUUGCUAAAAGCAUUUCAAAAGUAAAGAAAGAAUUGCUAUUUUAAUUUACAAUUGGUAAUAUAGAUAAUCCAGGUUCUCUUGCCAAUCAUAUUCCAAGGCUGCAGCCUACCGCAGGUAGAAAUGUCAACUAUGGAAUUCACCCGGAUUAAUUUUCCACUAAAUUUAGAAACUGCAUGGAACAAUUCAGCUUUUAUCAGCGAGCUACUUAGUAUUCAGUAUUUUAUUCGUUACAUUGAAAGGUGCCCUUGAAUUUCACUUGGUAUCAAAAUGUGGUGAUAGCUUUAAAGUUGCCGCAUGCCGAGACUUCACUCGUUGAUGAAAUAAAACAUGCUGUUGGACAUAACUUUACAGGAUUCAUCAACGAGGAACUAGUUGCUGUUAGUCAUGAUGCCGUCCAAAUCAUCCAGGAAGCAGCGAAUACCGAACCUUGUUCGUCGAUUAAUGGUUCUGAUAUUCGUCUCGAAGAUAGGAACACAAUGUUGACAUGCAUGAGAAAGGUUAUCCUCCAUGGUAUGACUGGACUUCUCCAAUUUAGCGAGCAAGGGGAUCGAAAAAUAAUUGAACUAGAAAUUUUAAAUCUUAGAAACAAUUGCUAUUGGAAGGUUGGUACGUGGAAUUCAACCAAAGGUGCCGUUAUGACUGGAAAUAUCAAACGAAACAUGGAUAGCCCGUUAUCAAAAACAACUCUGGAGGGAAGAAAGCUUCGAAUCGUUGUUUUAUUGGAAAGUCCCUACGUUAUGAAAAGGAAAAAGAACGAUGGCGAGCUAUUCUAUGAAGGAUACUGCAUUGACUUGCUGAAUGAGCUUGCAAGAAAUCUCAAAUUUACUUAUGAGAUCUACACCUCUCCUGACGGCAAAUAUGGCGCUGAAAUGGAAGACGGAACUUGGAAUGGGGCUAUUGGUGAGAUUAUAAAUGAGCGAGCGGAUAUGGCCCUUGCCUCCCUCACAGUUACAGAAAGGCGAGAGGAGGUUGUGGAUUUCAGCGUUCCCUUUAUGCACCUCACCUCAGAUAUAUUAUUGAAGAAGGCAUCGUCCAGAGAAAAAUAUGAGCUUCUGCAGUUUAUGGAUCCGUUUGAUAAUCAAGUCUGGUUCGCUAAUUUGGCCACCCUGGUGAUCAGCUCUAUUGCUGUCUUUGUAAUAAACUAAUACAGUCCUUAUGGAUACAAAGAUGAUAAUGGCAGAGGGACAUCGAAGGAGUUUAGCUUUUUCAACAGUGUGUGGUUUGCUUUAGCUUGUAUGCUACAACAAGGAGGAGAUAAUACACCAAAAAGCCUCUCAGGUCGUAUACUUACUGGUUGCUAUUGGUUCUGCAUACUGAUCUGUAUCUCAACAUAUACUGCUAAUCUGGCAGCAUUUUUCACGGUGAAGAACGCGGUGCAUCCUAUUCAAAACCUGGGAGAGCUCACAGAAUCAUCUUACUCCAUAGCAGUGCUCAACUCAUCCAGUAUGUCAGAGUUUUUCAAGGCUAGUGACUACGAAGCAUACAAAAAGAUAUGGCGUAAAAUUGAAGGAGAUGACACACUGGUUAAAACCGUUGCACAAGGUGUUCAAUGGGUGAGAGAAAAAGAACAUUUCGCGCUUAUAACUGACGGUCCUUCCCUCAGAAAGAUUGUCAGCAAGCCACCUUGUGACUUGGAAGUAGUGCCAGGUUUAAGCACAGCUAAAGGAUUCGCCUUAGCCUUCCACGCGAACGAUCCCCACGUGAAUAACUUCAGUCUGACCAUUUUGCGUUUACACGAAAACGAUUUUCUCGCCAGCUUGGAACGGAAAUGGUGGGAAAGCGAAAAUAGCUGUUCAGUGAAAGAAGAAACAUCAUUAUCUCGCAAGCAAAUUGGUCUAAAUAGUAUGUUGGGUGUGUACUUGGUCCUGUUCGUUGGAAUGGUGAUUGCUUUCUUCACCUUGCUUACCGAAAUUUACUGGAAAAGAAGAGCUAAACAAGGGCACAGCUUCGUUCCGUGAAAAUUCGGCGCUCAAGACGUGCUCGACUGACUAUUUUGUGUCAAAGUAUUCGAUUACAAACUAAGUAAAAUGAGAGUCGAUGGUUGUAUC